GAUCUCUGGAGUGAGACAAAACAUCGUGAGAUUUGAGCGUCGCCUGUGGGUGACGUCAUCAGCGCGGGCCACGUGCUGUCCUCCACGUGUUUCCCCCGCGGUGUUGUGAUCUGCAGAAACCGGUCGCAGGUUCAUUUUCGGUGAAUAUCAUCAUGUCUUCGAGCUGUCGCAGACCCGAGCAUAUGGCCCCUCCGGAGGUGUUCUACAAUGAACAAGAGGCCAAAAAAUACUCCCAAAACUCUCGGAUGAUAGAGAUCCAGACGCAGAUGUCAGAGCGAGCCGUGGAGCUGCUCAGUCUCCCCGAGGAUCAGCCCUGUUACCUGCUGGAUGUGGGCUGUGGCUCUGGACUCAGUGGAGAUUAUUUAUCUGAAGCUGGUCACUAUUGGGUUGGUGUGGACAUCAGCACAGCCAUGCUGGGUGAAGUUUGGUUUUUAAGUGAGGUUUUGUGGUUUCUCUGUCAGCUGGAGCUGAUCACGGCUCAGGCCAUGAAAGCCGGGUUCACAGGCGGGAUGGUUGUCGACUUUUCCAACAGCAGCAAAGCUAAAAAAUUUUUCCUGUGUUUGUUUGCUGGUGUAUCAGGUGUCUUACCCAAGGGUUUAGGUUCAGAGUCGACUGACAGAGGCGUAUCAAAUCAGGCUCAGUUCACAGCACAGAGGUCCCGUUUCAGAAAUAUGAAAGGAAAGUCUGUGAAGAAGAGUAAGGACUGGAUCAUGGAAAAGAAGGAAAGACGACGCCGGCAGGGGAAGGAUGUAAGGGCCGACACGAAGUACACGGCUCGUCACAGAAAACCUCGCUUUUGAUCCCUCGACUUCUUCAUGUGAGCGUCUCGCCUUCACUGCAAAUACUGUAGACUGUGGGCUAUUCAGUCUCCUGGAUCCAGUUACGACUCAUAUCUCUAUUGACCAAUCAGAAGCCAGAACUGUGUGCUUUGAGGAAAUAUAUUACAGAAUAGUAAACCCAUGUGGAGAGAGCCUUUUAUAAAGAAACAAUUAAAGGACUUGUCUUAUAGGAGCUGCAUGUGGAUUAUGCUUGAAUUAACAGAAGCCGUAAUAAACCAGAUUUCAUCUU